UUCUGCAUUUGGAAUAAAACGUCGCGGUCUCUGUCCAUCUUUAUUAUUAUUAGCGCUCCGCUCCGCCCUCCUACCUGUAAAUCUCUCUCUCUCGCCUCUGGAGCGGAUCUGACAGGCGCUCGCUCGCUCUCCCUCUCUCUCUCUCUCUCUCUCUCUCUCUCUCUCUCUCUCUCUCUCUCAGCUGGCUGCUCUGCUCUGCUCCGCGCCGUGCCGUGCCGUGCCAGGGCUGCGGGGGGAUUGAAAGGAGACGGUGCCAUCCACCCGAGCUCCGCUGCUUUUUACGCAGAACCGACAACUGAAGCCGCGCCGCGACAUCGUGUCGUCUGGAGACAGCUGGACACUUAAAUCAUCUCUCUGUGCGUCUUUUCUCUCUGUGCGUCGAUUGACGCGUAAAAGAAAGUGAAAUCGAUCGAUCGACUUCUCACCCAUCGACAGGAUCCCUUGAAUGGAAGACGGCUAGAAGAGAGAGAGAGGUCGCAGGCAAACAUUUCCUCACCGUCUUUAUUCCCACCACCACAACAACCACAACAACCAGACGCAUCAUUCACUGGCACGCCUCGACGGGCGGCACACGACGCGCCGUCUUCGCCAUGGAGCCAGCAGAAACCCCCUCAUCUGACUGUUGAAAAGCUUCGUUCGUCGCUAUUGCGGAUUUAAAUGCCUCUCUCCAAGGGCCACCGACCUGCUAUUUCUGUCUGGUUCGCGUGUGCGCUGUCUCACGCUGUCAAACAAUUCACAGGCUGUUAAAAAAAAACCAACGCACAGAACUCAAUAAUCGGUGGUGGGUGAAGACACACAGCGCAAGAAUUAGUAUUAUUUUUUUUUCCCCCCCAAGCAAAUAUGGCUGGUGAGUGUGGCUGUGGACGCUGGCACAGCAGGCUCUCCUCCUCCAAGGCUCCUCGAUGCUAGCCGAGGCAGGUGGCACCGUCCCCCAUGGAAGCGACAGCUCUAUGAGGACAAGCAGCAUCAAUAGUCACAGUAGAAAUCCGGACUCCUCGAUCUUAAUCUCCAAGAUGGUAGACGUCGUCAUCCCGUUCUCGUCCGAGGUGCCCUGCGACAACAAUGGCCAGCGCAUGUGGUGGGCAUUCCUUGCCUCCUCCAUGGUGACGUUCUUCGGGGGUCUCUUCAUCAUCCUGCUGUGGAGGACCCUCAAAUACAUGUGGACUGUCUGCUGCCACUGCAACGUUAAACACAAGGAGGCCCAGAAGGUGAUCAAUCCCGCCAACAAUCCGACAGACAAACCAAAGGGCGAUGAGAAGGAGGAGGCAGUCCCAAUCAGCGAGGUGGGAUGGAUGACUUCAGUGAAAGACUGGGCCGGCGUCAUGAUCUCCGCUCAGACACUCACUGGCAGAGUUCUGGUGGUGUUGGUGUUUGCGCUCAGCAUCGGGGCCCUUGGAAUAUACUUCAUAGACUCCUCAGAUCCUAUAGAAUCCUGCCAGAAUUUCUACAAAGACUUCACGUUACAGAUCGAUAUGGCCUUCAACGUCUUCUUCCUUCUCUACUUUGGCCUGCGGUUUAUAGCGGCAAAUGACAAGCUGUGGUUCUGGCUGGAGGUCAAUUCAGUGGUCGACUUCUUUACUGUUCCUCCCGUGUUUGUUUCUGUCUACUUGAACAGAAGCUGGCUCGGAUUAAGAUUUCUAAGAGCACUAAGAUUGAUACAGUUUUCGGAAAUUCUACAGUUUUUGAAUAUCCUGAAAACAAGUAACUCCAUUAAGCUGGUGAACCUAUGCUCCAUCUUCAUCAGCACAUGGCUGACAGCGGCUGGAUUCAUACAUUUGGUGGAAAACUCAGGGGAUCCUUGGGAAAACUUCCAGAAUUCCCAGCCACUUUCCUAUUGGGAAUGUGUCUAUUUACUGAUGGUGACGAUGUCUACAGUGGGCUACGGGGACGUCUAUGCAAAAACCACCUUGGGUCGCCUGUUUAUGGUCUUCUUCAUCCUUGGUGGUUUGGCCAUGUUUGCCAGCUACGUCCCUGAAAUCAUAGAGUUAAUAGGAAACCGAAAGAAAUAUGGUGGUUCCUAUAGUGCGGUUAAUGGCAGAAAGCACAUUGUGGUCUGUGGUCAUAUUACCCUCGAAAGUGUCUCCAACUUCCUCAAAGACUUCCUACACAAGGACAGGGAUGAUGUCAAUGUUGAAAUUGUUUUUCUCCAUAAUAUUUCCCCUAAUCUUGAGCUGGAAGCCUUAUUCAAACGCCAUUUUACCCAAGUAGAGUUCUACCAGGGAUCUGUCCUCAACCCUCACGAUCUCGCCAGAGUGAAGAUCGAGUCUGCAGAUGCCUGUCUUAUCCUAGCCAAUAAAUACUGUGCAGAUCCUGAUGCUGAAGAUGCCUCCAACAUCAUGAGAGUUAUUUCGAUCAAGAACUACCAUCCCAAGAUCAGAAUAAUCACACAGAUGUUGCAGUACCACAAUAAGGCCCAUCUGCUGAACAUUCCGAGCUGGAACUGGAAGGAGGGCGACGACGCUAUCUGCCUGGCGGAGCUGAAGGCAGGCUUCAUUGCCCAGAGCUGUCUGGCCCAGGGCCUGUCCACCAUGCUAGCCAACCUCUUCUCUAUGAGGUCCUUCAUUGAGAUUGAGGAGGACACAUGGCAGAAGUAUUACCUAGAAGGGGUGGCUAAUGAGAUGUACACAGAGUAUUUGUCCAGUGCCUUUGUCGGCCUCACCUUCCCCACUGUCUGCGAGCUGUGUUACGUGAAGCUGAAGCUGUUGCUUAUCGCCAUCGAAUACAAGUCUGAGCAGAGAGAGAGCAGCAUCCUUAUCAACCCGGGCAACCACGUCAAGAUGCAGGAAGGAACGCUGGGAUUCUUUAUCGCCAGUGAUGCCAAAGAAGUAAAGAGAGCAUUUUUCUACUGCAAAGCUUGUCACGAUGACAUCACAGACCCUAAGCGUAUCAAGAAGUGUGGCUGCAAACGACUGAUUUAUUCCAAGAUGUCCUACUACAAACGAAUGAAACUGGCAUGUUGUUUUGAUUGCGGCCGUUCAGAGCAAGACUGCUCUUGCAUGUCAGGCAGUGUACAUAGUAACAUGGACACCCUUCAGAGGGCCUACCCACUUUCCUCUGUCUCUGUUCAUGAUUGCGCAACCACUUUACGUGCCUCCAAAUAUAAGUAUAAUGGAUAUGUCAGAUCACCAGCAGAUGGCGCUACAACACCAGGGAACAGUGGGAGUCAGAAAGAGGCUGGCGUUCGAUUCAAAGCUGAUUGCAAUUUAGUCGAAGACGAGCAUCCGUCAACUCUCUCGCCCAAAAAAAAGCAGCGCAACGGAGGGAUGCGAAACUCACCCAACUGCUCGCCCAAAAUGAUGAGUCGACACGACCCUCUUCUAAUUCCUGGAAAUGAACAAAUGGAGGGCAUGGACAUGAACGUGAAGAGGUAUGACUCGACAGGGAUGUUUCACUGGUGCCCAUCAAAAGACAUCGAAAAAGUCAUCCUGACCCGGAGUGAAGCCUCCAUGACAGUGCUGAGCGGCCAUGUGGUGGUCUGUAUAUUUGGGGAUGUCACGUCCGCUUUAGUGGGGCUGCGAAACUUGGUGAUGCCUUUAAGAGCCAGCAACUUCCAUUACCACGAGCUAAAGCCUAUAGUUUUCGUGGGCUCGCUAGAUUACCUGCGGAGAGAGUGGGAGACUUUACACAACUUCCCCAAGGUCUCGAUCUUACCUGGUACGCCAUUAAGUCGGGCAGAUUUAAGGGCUGUCAACAUCAACCUCUGCGACAUGUGCGUAAUACUGUCAGCCAAUCAGAACAAUAUCGAAGAUACCUCACUGCAGGAUAAGGAAUGCAUCUUGGCAUCGCUCAACAUCAAAUCUAUGCAGUUUGAUGACAGCAUCGGGGUCUUACAGGCUAAUUCCCAAGGUUUCACGCCUCCUGGAAUGGACAGGUCAUCUCCAGACAGCAGUCCAGUACAUGGCUUUGUACGUCAGGCUUCCGUCACCAACGGAUCCAACAUCCCCAUCAUCACAGAACUAGUGAACGACUCAAACGUUCAGUUCCUGGACCAAGAUGAUGAUGACGACCCAGACACAGAGCUGUACCUCACUCAGCCCUUCGCCUGCGGCACCGCCUUCGCUGUCAGUGUACUCGACUCCCUGAUGAGCGCGACAUACUUCAAUGAUAACAUCCUAACGCUGAUUCGGACGCUGGUCACAGGAGGAGCCACGCCAGAGCUGGAGGCCCUGUUGGCUGAGGAGAACGCCCUCCGAGGAGGCUACAGCACACCGCAGACAUUGGCCAACAGAGACAGGUGUCGCGUCGCCCAGCUAGCCCUCUACGACGGGCCAUUUGCCGACUUGGGGGACGGCGGCUGCUACGGCGAUUUAUUCUGUAAAGCUCUGAAGACGUACAACAUGCUGUGUUUUGGAAUCUACAGAUUAAGAGACGCUCACCUCAACGCACCGAGCCCGUGUACAAAACGGUAUGUGAUCACGAACCCACCGUAUGAGUUUGAGCUCGUGCCCACAGACCUUAUCUUCUGCCUCAUGCAGUUUGACCAUAACGCAGGCCAGUCCCGGACAAGCUUGUCCCACUCUUCCCACUCCUCCCAUUCCUCCAGCAAAAAGAGCUCCUCCGUCCACUCCAUCCCGGCCUCCAACCGGCAGAACCGCAGCAGUAAGACCCGGGAGUCCCGCGACAAACAGAAUGCAACAAGGAUGAAUAGAAUGGGCCAAGAAAAGAAAUGGUUUACAGAUGAACCAGAAAAUGCCUACCCACGGAACAUUCAGAUCAAGCCCAUGAGCACUCACAUGGCCAACCAAGUCAACCAAUACAAAUCCACUAGUAGUCUGAUUCCACCAAUCAGAGAAGUUGAAGAUGAAUGCUGAACACAGGGUUUUCUUGCCGACUCACCAGACAUCUGUACGCUCUUUCAAAAGAGAUGGGAGAUCACCCAUGGAGGAUUGAUGAUGAUGAUGACAGGGAUGUUGAAGACUGAUACAUUUCUCUUCACUCAUUCUUCUAAUCGAGGGUUGGACAGAAACCCGAACUGGAAGGGACCUCCUAUGUGUAUACCUUUAAUGUUACUUCCAUGCUCUUGGACAUUGUUUUAUUUAUUAAUGUAUCCAUAGUGAUGUACAUAAUGACAAUCAAAUAAGGAUUGUACAGCCCCUUCCCCCUAGCACUUUUUGGAAUUAUUUUAAGAGUUGGCAAAAAAAAGAAAAAGAGUACUUCCUGUAAUUCUUUGCAAUAGUUCACCUCUUCGUGUGACCAGACUCCAUUGCUAAGGUGACUGGUUCUUGGAGGAUGAGGGUUGCGGCGAUAAACUGAUCAUAUCAUCUCCCAAAGAUCCGCCCAGAUGCGUCACGUCAAACCAACUGGGUUCAUCAACUUCAUAUCUCCUGUCUGCUUCUGUUCUAUUUGCACUAAAACUGAACAAGUUUCUUUUGACAGAACAACUGGAACCAUCAGACCCCUCUCUCCCCCCAAUAUAACGUCGCUGAGAAGAUGAAGGAAGGAAGAGCGAGGGCGGGAGGGCUGCUUGGUUUCGGAGGCAUUUUCAUCUUAGGUUGCUGUACAUCUUGUCAUUGCGUAAGGUUUGCUACUUCACUGUUGACUCGUCAUGUUGAGUGAGAGCAUUCCGGUCAUGCAGAACAAAAAUCAUCUUGCAAAACAGUAGUCUAAGAACUCAGAUAAUGGUGCAGUGUUGGUGUAUGCUGGCUGAAAGAACCCUGUACCUACAUGUCUUCUGCUGAUACGUCGGAUCAUUAAGCCUGUGACUCUGUUUUACGCUCCUAUCGCAUGAUAUGUGCCUGAGCCCCCUCUAUAACAGAUACAGUGCGGUUGAUCAACCUGAAAACAUGAGCAGGAUGGAAAAACAACCUUACCUUGUCCUUCAUGCGUUUGGGAGCAUUUACGUUGUGUGUUUAUGUGUGUGCAUCGCAGCCACUCAUCCUGAUCAGUGCUGUCAUCUGCUCCAUCGCCGUGUAUGUGAUGGUGCACCUUUGAUGGGGCAGCAUUCAGGAUCUUUGCUCUAAAAAAUGAAAGUCAUGGUAGAAGAAAAAAACAUUAGAAGAGGGUUUGGAUCUACAAACAAAAUUUCGUUGCAUCAAAAAUCAAAACCAAAAUCCCCAACUAUGUUUGAGCUGAGCUAACACGAACAGCAGCUAAGCGUGGCCACCGUUGAUGCUUUGCCGUGAUAUCUGCGGCAGAAUUUGGGAUCACAAAGAAGAGUGGAGUAUUUUCUGAAUGUUUUUUCUGUUACAAAAAGUUCAUCUCUGAGGAAAGAAAUGCCACAUAUUGCAUAAGAGUGGGCAUCAAUGGGUCCUCCCUUGAUCAAAGCAACUGCCUGGCAUAGGGUUGGCACAGAGGCAGUAAAGAGCUUGGAUGUUCUCUGUUGCCAAUCCAGAUGUCACACGCCUCGAAACUCUCAGGAGUUAAGCUGCACGUUCGUGUCCUCUAACAUGGGGAAAUGCUCAAACAUAGUUAGGUGGAAAUGCAACAACGCCACAGACUGCUAAUAAGGAUACUGCCGAGGAACCAGUGUUCUUUAAGCUAGCCUGUGUGCAACAUGUUUAGGCACUAAUAGAUCCAAAUCCAGCUGUGAUAGUGAUGGAGGAUUGAGGUGGUAGCCUUGUACUCCUAACAAAAAACUUCAUGCAAAUAUGUAGUUGGAUUUAUACAUUUAAACAUAAUUAUUUUGUAUCCAUAAACAUAAUCAAUUUGUACUUAUUUUUCUAGACAAGAAGCAAGUGAAAAGUACUAUGGGAGAUAAAAGAGACAAAUGAUAUCUUUAAUUAUAACUACAUAUCGAGGGAUUUUGUGUUUGACUAUAUUCACCAUUCACAUUGUACUAAAACAAAAGGUUAUUUUUUUAUCUGCCCUGCCCCCUGUUUAACAAACUGCAUCACUCUGGAGCCAAUAAAGCUUAGACUAGCUUGCAUUGUGAAACCACCAUCUUCAGCCUGGCAGCUCAGCUCUGUUGAGUGCUUGUAGAAAUAGAUUAAGGCUCAUCUUUUAGUUGAUCUUUAGUGUCUACUAAAUAAUGCGUCUACUACUAAGCAUCCCUAGCUGCGAACAUGCAGACGGAAAGAUAGGUGAAAUGGAAUUAUGUAUUGGGGGGUAAAUGUUGUAUUUAGAUGGAGAGCAUGUCAGAGUAAUAAUACCGGGAAGAUCGCUCCCUAUGUGUGCAGGCCAGAACAGAAUGACCUUUACUAGAUGUGUUUGACCUAAAUUAGGUCCCUAGUGUGGCGGAAGAGUGUGUACACUAAAGCACAGUGUGCUGAAGUUCUCCACAAAAUCUGAUUUCAAAUACGAUAGGGAGACGCUGUCUGUUUAAUGCAGUGAUUCUAUUCUAUAGCCUGUAAAGGAAAAGUAAUUCUAAAAAAAAAGUAAUAUUUGGAAUAUGGAAAAGAAGAUAAUAUUGUGCUAAAUAUGUUUGUGUAAAUUCAACCCAUUAUAUAAACCACAUUUCUUUUUCAAACAAAAAUGAUCUGAGCUUCAAUGUCCGUCUAUUGGGUGUGGUGCAACUAUACUGAAGCCUCACACACACAUUGUCCUGAAGUGAACUUUUGAACUGUGAUUACAUCGUUGUCACACUUUGUAGCAAAUAGAUUUCUUUUCAAAAUAUGUGAGUAAAAUUUAUGUAUAAUUGGGUUGUUAAUGGCAUACUUUGCUAGCCUGAACAAUAAGGAACUAUUAAUAUUUGAUAAUGGCAAUGACUCAUUAUACAUAGAAUCGACAAACUGAUUGUUAUGUUGGGGAAAAAAAAGACAAAUGUGUAUCUUGAAAAUGAAAGAUCCUGGAUUCUUUUGGGAGUCUAUUCAAGUAGGAAAAGUCGGGGCGGAAUUUGAUCUGGUUUAUCAACCAUCACAAAGAUGGAAGGUAGCACCAAUUCAGCAGAGGUUAUCAAAAGAGAGAACAUCCUUAAUUUACCUUUUUUAUAACUUUGCGUUAUUACAGGGUUUACAUUCCAUUUUGUCAGCUUGUCAUCUGUCAUAAUCUGUCACAACUGCUUCUUAUUUGUUUACAGAGUAUUUUUAUGUGGUACUUAAACAUAGCAUUGUUCAGAAAUAAAACGGUACAUGCUGCAAACUGGCAUUAACAUAAACUCACAAGGUAAUGCACCAUUUGAUUUCAUUACACUUGAUUACUGUGCUUUUUCUACCUGAACCCUCAUUGUGCGACUCAUUCAGGCUGGCAUUACUCCACAACACUGGACCGAGAGGUCUCUCCUUCCUACACCUAGUCAUAUGUCUCUAUUAGAUGUUUUAGGUCUUUGCAUUGUAUACCUCUAAAGUUUUAGAGUGUUUUUUUGAAGUGCCAUGAAGAGUUUAGUUGAGCAAGCAUCCUUCAGUCAUUCAGGGACAUAAGCUCGCUUUGAGGGAGCUGAGUCCCAAGUGUUUUCCACUGUGAGAACGGUGUACUGGCAUGGAGAACAUCCAAGCCAUCAAUGCCUCCAUGCCAGUACAGUGCCAGGCAGUGCCGGAGGUCAAGAGGAGGGCCCAUAAUAAGUCCCACUAUAGCGAAAAGUGGCAUUCAUUGUGUUAUGUAGUGUUGUUAGAUAUGGAUGACUGAAAGAUGCACAUAGAGGCACAUGCCUGUAACAUCAGAUGUGUUGUUGUCCACUGAACAAAAUCAAAGAUGAUGAUGCGUCAUACGUUACUGUUACAGUAUGUUGCAUUAUUUUUGUUAAUCUAUUUUUUGCUGUAAAGGAUGGAUAUAAUAACUUAUUUCCUGGGAAUUGUACUAGAUAUAAUAGAACAUAUAAUACUUAUGGGGAUGGGAGGUGGGUCUCAAGUCUUAACAAUACAUUAAAAUUGCAUUCAGCAAUUUUUUUGUUGUUUUUUUUUUUUUUUUUUUAAGAAAAGUUACAAUUAUUGUUAAUUUCUUUCGGCUGCCUAUCAGUUCAGGAAGAAUUCAGGACAUUGCUCUUGCGUAUCACAGAUAGGAUUUGUUGGCACAUCGUCAUCGCAGCAAACAGGAGUUAUACAGUACAUAGCAGUCUAAUUAGUUUGGACAUGUUCUAGAAAUGAUGGAUUAUUUGAUGGUGCUGAGUUGAUCUACCUGACUCUGUCAAAUAUAAUCUGCUGAUAAUUAUACUGUCUUGUACAAAAAGUUUGUACAUAGAUUGUACAUGGUUUCUUUUUGUAUUUUCUCAAAUUAAAAUGGAUGUAUUUGUGUUCUAAACCUGGAAA